AUGUCCUCCAACAUCAGUGACAUCAUGUCAUCGGAGAAGGAACCGAGAAACACCGACGCCGUGCUGGUCACGGACGACCAGGGCUCGACCGAGAGCUUGAGCAAAGCGCAAGCCAGUCGGCUUUUGCUCAAGACCGACCUGGUUGUGAUGCCUCUGGCAAUCCUUAGCAUGACACUAGCUUUUCUCGACAAGAACGCGCUUGGAUAUGCAGCCGUGUUCGGCUUGAGAGAAGACAACAACUUGGUGGGUCAGCAGUACAGUUGGCUGAGCAGCAUCUUCUAUUUCGGCUACCUGGCCAUGGAGUUUCCCAACCUAUGGCUGAUGACCAAGCUUCCCAUUGGAAAAUAUGUCGGAGUUUGCCUUGUUCUUUGGGGAGCGUCGCUUUGCUUCAUGGCCUUGUGCCAUAACUUUGCCGGCCUGGCGACGAUCCGGUUCCUACUCGGCGUAUUUGAGGCCGCCCUGCUGCCCUGCAUGAUGAUCGUCAACUCCAUGUGGUAUCGGAAGGAGGAGCAGCCUCUGAGAACCGCAUUCUGGUACAACACCUUCGCUGAACAUUUGUUAACUGGCAAUCAGUACAUCUUUAUCAUCUACGGCGCAGUUACGGUGCUCGCUGGAGGUCUUGUAUUCUUCGCAUUGCCCGAUUCGCCCUCCAAAGCUUGGUUCUUCAACGAAACCGAGAAGAAACUUGCUCUUGUCCGUCUUGCCGAGAACCAGACGGGCAUCGACUCUCACAAGACCUUCAGCGCAAAGCAGAUUCUAGAGACGCUGCGCGAUCCAAAGUGCUAUUGCAUCUGGGCCUGCGCUUUCGGCUACGCCAUUGCCAACGCAGGCGUCACAAACUUCAACCCCCUGAUCAUCGCCGGCUACGGCUUCAGCAGGACGAAGACGGUCCUGAUGGCCACGCCCCAGGCGGCCGUGGCCAUGGUCAGCGGCGCCAUACUGACGGCCAUCACCUUCUGGGUGCCCAACGUGCGCUGCAUCUUCUGGAUCUUCUCGUCCCUGGUCGGCAUGGCCGGUGCCGUCAUGGUGCACUCGCUCGACGCCGGGACCCAGCGGAACGCAUCUUUGGCCGGUGUCUACCUCAUGGGCUUCUACAAUGUCCCGUGGGUGUUCAUGCUGAGUCUGUCGUCCUCCAACACGGCCGGAGCCACGAAAAAAAGUUUCAUGGGCAUCUCAAUCGCCGUUGUUUAUGCGGUUGGCAACAUUGUUGGUCCCCAGUUCUACCUGCAGCGGCAGGCUCCUCACUACCCACUCGGUAUCGGCAGCAUGCUGUGCGCUUUUGCACUGAUGGCCUUUGCGGGAAUCUCUUACUAUUUUUUGUGCAUCGCAGAGAACAAGAGGCGCGACUCGAAGUACGGCAAGCCACAGGAUGAUCUCCAGAUUGGACUGGAAGCGGACAGGACGGACAGCACCGACCUCGAGAACCACAACUUUAGGUACACCUACUGA